GAAACCUUUUUACUCAGGCACAUAUGUGGCCGUUCCGGGUCCUGAGCCUGGAUGUGAUAGGUCUGGAUUUUAUUGCAGUGCAGUCUCCUUCAGCUCGCCCUUCUACCGGUGACGCCUGCUUUGGCCGUGCGGUGUUAGGAACAUCUCUAACAAAGUCAACUUUUGUUUACCGUUAGCACCAUCCGCUACUGAUACAAUGGCUGUUCCUCCCUGCUAUGCUGACCUGGGCAAAUCUGCCAAGGACAUCUUCAACAAAGGCUAUGGAUUUGGCUUGGUGAAGCUUGAUGUCAAGACAAAGUCAGCCAGUGGAGUGGAAUUCAAAACAACUGGUUCCUCCAACACUGAUACCAGCAAAGUUGCAGGCACUCUGGAAACUAAAUACAAGAGGUCAGAAUACGGCCUGACCUUCACUGAGAAGUGGAACACUGACAACACCUUGGGAACAGAAAUCACUGUUGAAGAUCAGAUUGCCAAAGGACUGAAAUUGACAUUUGACACAACCUUCUCACCAAACACUGGCAAGAAGAGUGGCAAAGUUAAGACUGCCUACAAGCGUGAGUUCGUUAACAUGGGCUGCGAUGUUGACUUUGACUUUGCUGGCCCCACUAUCCACGGAGCUGCUGUUGUCGGUUAUGAGGGGUGGCUUGCAGGUUACCAGAUGAGCUUCGACACCGCCAAAUCCAAGAUGACCCAGAACAACUUUGCCAUUGGCUACAAGACGGGAGACUUCCAGUUGCACACUAAUGUCAAUGAUGGUGCUGAGUUUGGAGGCUCCAUCUACCAGAAGGUGAGCGACACGCUGGAGACUGCAGUCAACCUGGCCUGGACCGCUGGCAGCAAUAGCACUCGCUUUGGUAUUGCAGCCAAAUACCAGCUGGACAAGGAUGCCUCCGUCAGUGCUAAAGUAAACAACAAUAGCCUUGUUGGUGUUGGGUACACCCAAACUCUUAGACCAGGUGUAAAACUCACCCUGUCUGGCCUGAUUGAUGGCAAGAACAUCAACGCUGGUGGCCACAAGCUAGGCCUGGGUUUGGAACUGGAAGCCUAAGGUUUCAACAUACUGCACGGGACUAGGGAAUAUCAGAAGAAUCUGGCCUUAAAUGUAUGUCCACUCAAACCAGCAAGGGGAUAUCUCGGAGAGAUUGGUUCAAAGGCUACAACGACAAACUCUUACUUGUUGAGUACCACUCGAAGUUGGUUCUUUUGUCAUAUGUAUAUUUUACCUUUUGUUGCUUUUUACUUUGUAGUAGCAUCUAUUCAAGAGACAGUUGGUGGCUUAUUUAUAAAUCAUUUAAUUGUUUCUGUCCAGCACUGCCAUAGCAAUGAAAUCCAAUACAGUCCCUUUGCCUGUGACCCACUCUGCGUUGCUUUAUUGUGAUAAUCCCCAGACAGUCAACAUCGGUUUACUGUUUUGUGUGGCGAGUGUUGUCAUACCUUCUUUGAUUUUACAAUCAUGACCAUCUGAUAUUCCUUUGUGAUCUACAGUUUUAAUUUACAAACCUUGUUGAGUACACUAGUCUAUUUCUGCUAUUAUUUAAAUGCUGCAACCUUCCUGUUCAUGCACACAAGGACAAACUACAGCUCUGUAAUGUUUUUGUUUGGCGUCGGCCUUCAGGGUUUGGGAUGUUGUUUAAAGAUGCACAUAACCUUCCCUUAAACUGGGCAGUUAAUGGGUUGAUUAAAGUUGGGUCUGUAAAUUUGAAAAAAAGCUGUACACUUGGCCGACCAAGCAGAAUCAAUUUUAGUUAAUUCUGUACUAACGGACUACUGUGGGAAGGGCACAUAAUUAAUGUUCACAAUAAUGCCAAACUAUCAUUGUCUGGAAGAGGUGUAACUCAAAGUUGCAAUUGUGCAUUCUUGGAAAGUGCUUCUCUGCAAUGGGCAGUGACAAAGCCCACCGGAAGUCUUGGAGGUCCUUAUGUGUAUGGAUACAUUUUCAAUAAAGUCUCUGAACUCCAAAAA